CCCUCAAAGCCACAAAGUUCGGACUAAAAUCUGACGACAGUGACAGUUGCUCCUCUGUGUGUGAUUCGCGUUUGAGUUAAGAGAUUUGAACCAAAACCUAGCAGCCACGAUGCCUGUUCAGAAGGUGAAGGAUUAUCUGGGUUAUUCUAUGAACCUGUAUGUUCAUGAGAAAAAGCCGCAGUACUUUGGAAUGUCUGAGUUUAGCCAAGAUAUGAUGGAGAAUAUGCCGGACUGCCCACUCCGGGAGGAUGACAUCAUCCUGUGCUCCUACCCCAAGUCCGGCUGUCACUGGGUGUGGGAGGUCUCCCGUCUCCUGGUGACUGGCAAGACAACUGCGGACAAAGUGGACAAAGAACAGUUCAUGAUGGAAGCCUCCAAAUGUUUCGGUAAUGGCGAUAUAUCCGACCUUCCAUCGCCUCGACUUCUCAACAACCAUGAGUUCUUCGAGAACCAGCCCAAAGACAUCUUAAAGAAAGGCGUCAAGGUGAUCCAUAUGUACAGAAACCCCAAAGACGUGGCAGUCUCCUUCUUCUACCACCAUACUAGGAUCCCGCCGUACGGAUAUAACAACACGGACUUCUCUAACUAUCUGCCUAGGUUGGUGGAGAAUCCACUAGAAGAGGUUCGAAAACUGGCCAAGUUUUUGGGCAAAAACUACGACGAUGACUUUCUACAGAAAGUGAUAAAUGCUACCACGAUGGAGAACGUCCAAAAGAAGAAGGAUAUAAAAGACAAAGACAAGUCUGGGCCCAUUAUGUACCGGAAAGGCAAAGUCGGAGACUGGAAAAAUCACUUCACGGUGGCUCAGAGCGAAUGGUUUGACCACAUCACUAGGAGUAAGAUGGGAAAAUCUAAAGUCUACACAUUUAAAUAUUAGAUUUGAACUCCGAACCAUGAACAACAUUGCUUGUAUUUUCUAUGAGAGUAAUUAAGAGAAGAACUAUCAUGUUCAUUCUUAACAGAUGCUCAUGAGCAAUGAAAUAUGUAUGUGCGUGAGGCCUUAAUGGAAGAUUGUGAGUGAAAGAGUUUGGGAGAAGAGAGUGAGUUUGUGGGUCAGUGAGUGAGUUUGUGAGCCAGUGAGUGAGGGAGUAAAUUAAUUAGUUUGUGAAUAUGUGAGUGAGUUUGCAGAUGUGUGGGUGAGUUUGUGAGCCAGUGAAUGAGAGAGUGAAUUAGUCAGUUUGUGAGUAUGUGAGUGAAUGUGUGGGUGUAUGCGUGAGAGAACGAAUGAGUGAGUUUGUGAGUCAGUGAGAAGGUGAAGUAGAAGAAGAAUGUAUUAGAAUGAUAACCAGAGCUUAGAUCACAGGAAUAAAAGAGAUGUUGAUUUUGAAUUUUCUGCAAAUAAAAUUCUGUACACAUA